AGAAGUUGCAGCAGAAGAAAAGAUCAAACUUGAAAAAUGGCUAUUAAAGUUGAAUUACUUGGAGGAUUAGACAUGCUCUUUAGGAAGCAAAAGGAGCUCUCUUUGGAGCUUGCAGAACUAGGAGAAGUCAAGACAUUAAGAUCCUUGAUCCAUUUUAUGGCUGAAAAAAUUGAAAGCCCGACUCAAAAGGAACUUUUUUACCUGGAUGGCACGGUUCGUCCUGGUAUUAUCGUCCUGGUGAAUGAUCAGGACUGGGAGCUUCUUGACAAAGAGGAUUAUAAUCUCGAAGACAAGGAUCAAGUUGUUUUUGUGUCUACUUUACAUGGAGGUUAACUCAAUGAAAAACUAAAUCUAGGGUAGCUGACUUAUAUUACAAAAACAAAAAUACCAAGGGAGAUUCUAUACAGCAGAA